AUGCCUAACCCGCAAUUCCCGACCACCACGUCCCGUGACCACUAUGAUGUGGUCAUCAUUGGAGGUGCUACAAGUGGCUCGUCCAUUGCUUGGCACCUGGUAAAUGAGAAGGGUUUCAGUGGCUCCGUUUUGGUCGUUGAGCGUGACCCAUCGCUGCAAUUAUCUGCCACAAAGGCCAGCAACAACUGUAUGCGACAACAAUUUGCUACCCAAAUCAAUAUCGAGAUUGCCCAAUACGCGGCCGAGUUCGUUAAGAAAUUUGGGUCUCAGUUUGGAGAUGACCCCUGCGUGCCAGUUCCCCCGAUUCGCAAUUUCGGGUAUCUCUACCUCUCGGACUCUAAACGAUUUACCGAAAUUCUGCAAAAGGAUCAGCAGCUCCAGUCAAGCCUGGGUGCGGGAACCCAUAUGCUAUCGGCAGAUAAGGUCAAGUGCCAAUAUCCAUUCCUCCUCACCGACGACCUCGACUCGGCGAGCUUGAACACCAAAGAUGAAGGCUGUUUCAACGCUAUUGGUAUGGUUGACUGGAUGCGGAAGUUUGCCAUCAAUAAUGGUGUCGAGUAUAUCAACAAUGAGGUCGUCGAGAUGGUCACAAACGGAGACCAAGUCGAAAGCAUCAAGCUUCGCAAUGGCGAGAAGAUCUCAGUUCAGAAUAUUGUGAAUGCAGCAGGUACUCGUGCUGCCCAAGUCUCUACGAUGGCCGGCAUCAACGAUCUGCCUAUCGAAGCUCGCAGACGUUACACUUUUAUUUUCUCAGUGGACGAGCCACUUCCUCAGGACCUCCCUUUGACCAUCGAUCCGACUGGCGUUCAUCUCAGAUCAUAUGGUCCGAGGGACUAUCUUGUUGGCUGCCCACCGAUCGGACCAGAUAUUGCGGUCAACAUAGAAGACUUUAGUUUUGCCGAGAAUGUUUGGGAGGAGAAAAUUUUUCCGACAAUCAGUCGUCGAGUUCCCAAAUUCAGGACAGCGCGGGUAACGGAUUCCUGGAUGGGUCAUUACGAAUUUAACACCUUCGACCACAAUGCUAUUAUCGGGUUGCACACUGCCAUUAAGAACUUUUACUUCUGCGUCGGAUUCUCUGGCCAUGGAAGUCAACAAGCCCCUGCUUGUGGCCGCGCUGUUGCCGAGUUGAUUGUGCAUGGUGCAUUCAAAUCCCUAGAUCUGAGUGCGCUUUCGUAUUCACGAAUCCCGGAGGGCCGUCCUCUGACGGAGCGAGCAGUGAUCUAA